AUGACCAAGGAGCCGUUCAUGACUUUCGAGUUUGAUGGCGUCUUGGGCCUGGGUCUCGCAAGCUUGGCAGUGGAUCCGGAGUUCAGCUUCUUUGGCCAGAUGGCGAAGCUGAAUGGGCUCAAAGAGCAAACUUUUGGGUACUUCCUCUCGCGCUCCGACAAUGUUCCGAGCGAGAUCUCGUUCGGAGGCCACGAUACUCGACGGUUGGCAUCGCCUCUCCAGUGGGUGCCAGUGCACAAGCCAGAGCUGGGAUACUGGCAGCUGAGGCUUCUCGGUGUCAUCGUUGCUGGAGAGCGGCUACCCCUCUGUGAAGAGGGCGACUGCAUCGCGAUCGCUGAUACCGGCACUUCCUUGCUCGGCGCGCCUCGAGCUGUCACGCAGAGAAUGCAUUGGCUCCUGGCACGAAAGGUGCCGGAGAACCCAGCGGAGAUCGAUUGCCGCACUUUUCCUGGUCCGGAGCUCAUUUUCCAACUGGAAGACGGCGUGAAUGUCACCAUCGGUGCAGAGGACUAUUCUCGAGCGACUGGCAUGCGAGUUCUGAACAACAAGACGAACUCUUCGCAGCUCAUUUGCCGCGCUUCUCUUCUUCCCGUGGACGACGGGGAGGUGCUCGGGCCCAAGGCAUUCAUCCUUGGUGAGCCUGCUCUCCGGAAGUAUUACACCGCCUAUGACUGGAAGCGACAGCGGAUCGGCUUCGGGCUCUCAGUGCAGCCAAAUCCAGAGGAUUUCCCUGCUGAACCUCGUCAUUCCAUCUAUGGCGCACCCCCCUCCGGACCACCAACGCCAACUGAAGUUGUUGUUUGA